UAGGUGAAAAAAAGUUAGAUUUAGGCAAUAAAACUACAACUUAUUUUGGUUUAGGCAUCAAAACUACAACUUCCUUAGGUUUAGGCAAUAAAACUACAAGUUCUUAAGGUUUAGGCAAAGAAAAAACUGUUAAGUUUAGAGAAAAACACCAAGUUUGGGGUUAAAAUAACUACAAACACAAAGACUACUACACGUUGCUAGUUUCACAUGCAAACUCCAGUCUCCUGUGUGAAAACCUUGUGUUUUGUGUCCCAUCCAUCAUCCCGUCAUAAUUACUACAGUUGCUAGAGGUCGCUGUUGUCUUCUUUUACACCGCCUUUCGGUGAAUAGAUGAUCAAACCUACUAGUGGGUGUAGUAGGCCCCUACUGAUCCACAUCUAUGGGGCUUAUAGCGACCAAUAAUGCCUAGCCUGACAACAGUCUAAUUGGCUGCCCAUGAAACGCCCCCAGUUGAUUACCUACAUUUUUUGUAUGACACGUUUUCUGAAAUGUUUACAUAUGCAAAUGAGGCACUAUGCUAACUUUUGGUGAAUUUAGGAGAACUCUAAUAGACAAAGUAUUAAAGUAAACAUCUAAAUGAUCUAUUUUGGAUGUUUUCUUUCCGCUUCUACAAAUGUGGAGCAAGUGCUUUCAGUGUGUGUGUGUGUGUGACUUCUGCAGAUAUUCAACACAGCAGACAUGAGCAUCCAGGUUUGCCACUGCGGUUGGUCCAGUGUGACGACUUACCAGGGCCUGAGGAUUCACCAGGGGAAGAUGGGAUGCACACUGAAAGGAAUGAAGAUCUCUGAGAGUGAACAAUUCCUAUUUAACAGUUAUCCAGCAAUCACAGUGCCGGAAACAACAGCCCGACCAAAGGAGAGAGAGAGGGAGGAACAGAGGAAGGCUCAAAAGGGACCUCCAAUCGAAGCAGCAGAGCCUUGGAAGUGUAUCUUCACCCCUCCUCUCAACUAUGAGAGAGACCAGAACACCUUUGGAAAUCAGUGGAGAGAUGCUCAUCAAAAGGACAGCGGACCAGUUAGCGGGACCAUUCCAGUCAGACAGGAGGAACCUCCAAUGAAAGCAGCAGAGCCUUUGAAGACUAUCUUCAACCCUCCUCUCAACUCUGAGAGAGACCAAUACACCUUUGGAAAUCAGUGGAGAGAUGCUCAUCAAAAGGACAGCGGACCAGUUAGCGGGACCAUUCCAGUCAGACAGGAGGAACCUCCAAUCAAAGCAGCAGAGCCUUUGAAGACUAUCUUCAACCCUCCUCUCAACUCUGAGACAAACCAGUACACCUUUGGAAAUCAGUGGAGAGAUGCUCAUCAAAAGAAUAGCGGACCCUUUAACUGGACCACUCAGAAUGUGCCUGUGUCUCAAAACUUCCCCGCCCCAAUGACCUCAACAGAAGCCGCAAUAAUAGGGAUGUUCAAAUCAGAUAUGGAAGCUCAACAGCACUCUCUGCAAAUGUACACCAUCUCAGACAAAAGUCAUGGAGCGCUUAAUAUCACCGGUGGUGCACAGACUUCGCUGAUGCCGAUGUCGCAGAUCUUCAGCACCCAAGUGAAUCAUGCAGGCGCAGAAUUCCCAGUGAAGGAGACAACCAGAUCAGCGUUUGAAACUCCACCGCACUACAGCACAACACAUCAAACCACCGGCAACGCUCGUCGAGUGCUUGAUUUCUCCAGCGGUGCACAGCAGGUGGGUCAGCUGUUCUGGGAUGUUCCAACAACCACGGCUCAGGAAACAGAAAUGCGACAAAAGGAGAGUGAGAAGGAGAAGGAGAAGGAGAAGGAGAAGGAGAGAGAGAGGGAGGCUCAAAAGCUACAAAAGGUGAAGCGAGACAGGAUAGCAGCUGAUUUACAGCAGAAAAUUCUGACGAGAGAACAAAAGAUGGCUGAAGUCAGAUCAUCUGUAACAGCCUGCAAGGGCGGCUUGGAUGCUGAAUGGCUGCAGAUCAACAACGUGUUCUCAAAGGUGAUGAAAGUGGUGGAGGACGCUCGGCAGAAAGCCCUCCAACCUCUGGAAGAGAGGAGACAGACAGUGAAGAGAGAAGCACAAGAUCUGGUUCAGAAGCUGCAAAAGGAAAUUGACAAACUCAAAAAGACCAUUGAUGAGUUGGACAAAAACCCAGACUUGCAGGAUUCUUCUCUAAUGGGCUUGGUGGAAUCUCGAGAUUGGAAAAAUGUCACUCUUGAUACUUCAUUCUCCUUCGGGUCACUAAGAACUACAACAUCAAACAUGAUGGAACAAAUUCACCAGAAACUGGAAAAACUCUCUUCUGUUGAACUCAAGAGGAUUCCCACAUUUGCAGUGGAUGUAAAGCUGGAUCCAGCCUCUGCACACCGAUGCCUUGUUCUUUCUGAUGAUGGGAAGAUGGUGAAAGAUGGAGGAAUGAGAUACCAGAGAGUUCCAGAUGCUCCGCAGAUGUUCGACAUGUUCGGCAGCAUCGUGGGGCUCAACAGAAUGACCUGUGGGAAGUUCUACUGGGAGGUGGAGGUCACCAAAAAGACGGGGUGGGAUCUGGGUGUGGCGGGAUGCGACGCAAACCGCAGGGGGAAACUCUCGCUGAACCCAGAUAACGGUUACUGGGUCAUCGUACAUUAUAAAGGCGAAAAGUACGCAGCCCUGACAGAACCACCAGUUCCUCUCCCCCUGAAAGAGAAAGCUCAGAAGGUUGGGGUGUUCGUAGACUACGAGGAAGGUCUCGUGUCCUUCUACGAUGUGACGGCUCAAUCUCACAUCUACUCAUUUACCGAGUGUUCGUUCAGUAAAACGAUUUUCCCAUAUUUCAGUCCACAUCCUCCACAUAAUGGGAAAAACUCUCAUCCCCUGAUCAUCUCUACUGUGGAAAGACAGUAGUAGUUAUAUGAAGUGCAGGUGUUACUGGUGCACUGGAAGUUAUAAUGCACCACUUGAUAUGAAAUGAGUGAGUUCAGGUGAACACCAUCAAAGGGUAUAAAUUGGGACUUGGUUAUCUUGGGUGAUGGAGAUUAUUUACCUUCCUAAAUAGGACAUUUUAUUCAUACAUUGAUAAAGACAUAAUUUUUCCAGUUUAGUUUUAUGUGCUAUAUAUUUUUCAUUUAGUCCCAGUGAAAGUUAGAAGCUAGUGGAGUCAGAGCGUCUUUAUCUUCUGUACUGUGACGUAUAAAGGGAAUAUAUAUACGGUAUAUUUAAAUCAAAUUCUUUGCAUUUGAUUGGACCGCUAAAAAAAAGGCGGGCUUAGAAUUUGAACGUAACGCUAUAUACGGAGCUACAGAAACCAGACACCUCCCUUGUUGGAAUCAUGAAAUGUUUUUACUUGGGCUGUCAAUCGAUUAAGAUAUUUAAUAAGACUAAUAGGACAUGGUUGGUAGCAACCCUCUGACAAAUCCUCAUUCAAAUACCAUCUAAGAAUACAUUGCUUAAGAAGCUGAUCGAUAGUCCAGUGUUGGUC